AUGCGCGAGAUCAUCAGCAUCAACGUCGGCCAGGCCGGUUGCCAGAUUGCCAAUUCCUGCUGGGAGCUCUACUGCCUCGAGCACGGCAUUCAGCCCGAUGGAUACCUAACCGAGGAGCGUAAACAAGCCGACCCCGACCACGGCUUCAGCACUUUCUUCUCCGAGACAGGCCAGGGCAAGUACGUGCCUCGCACUAUCUACUGCGAUCUCGAGCCCAAUGUCGUCGAUGAGGUCCGCACCGGCACCUACCGAAGUCUCUUCCACCCCGAGCAGAUGAUCACCGGCAAGGAGGAUGCUUCCAACAACUACGCCCGCGGCCACUACACCGUAGGCAAGGAGCUUAUCGAUCAGGUUCUGGACAAGGUUCGACGAGUCGCCGAUAGCUGCGCCGGUCUCCAGGGUUUCCUCGUCUUCCACUCCUUCGGUGGUGGUACUGGAUCUGGUUUCGGUGCUCUGCUGAUGGAGCGCCUAUCCGUCGACUAUGGCAAGAAGAGCAAGCUGGAGUUCUGCGUCUACCCUGCCCCGCAGACCGCCACCUCCGUCGUCGAGCCGUACAACUCCAUCCUUACUACCCACACCACCCUGGAGCACUCUGACUGCUCCUUCAUGGUCGACAACGAGGCCAUCUACGACAUCUGCCGCCGUAACCUCGGUCUCGAGCGCCCCAACUACGAGAACCUGAACCGCCUGAUCGCUCAAGUUGUCUCUUCGAUCACCGCUUCGCUCCGAUUCGAUGGCUCCCUCAACGUCGAUCUCAACGAAUUCCAGACCAACUUGGUCCCCUACCCUCGUAUCCACUUCCCUCUUGUCGCCUACGCACCUGUUGUUUCGGCUGCCAAGGCUUCUCACGAGGCCAACUCAGUCCAGGAGAUGACCAUGUCCUGCUUCGAGCCCUACAACCAGAUGGUCAAGUGUGACCCCCGCAACGGAAAGUACAUGGCCACCUGCCUGCUGUACCGUGGUGAUGUCGUCCCCAAGGACGCCCACGCCGCAGUAGCUAUGCUCAAGACCAAGCGCACCAUCCAGUUCGUCGACUGGUGCCCCACUGGUUUCAAGCUUGGUAUCUGCUUCCAGCCGCCGCAGCUGGUGCCCAACGGCGACUUAGCCAAGGUUGACCGUGCUGUGUGCAUGCUCUCCAACACCACCGCUAUCGCCGAGGCGUGGUCCGCUCUCUCCAACAAAUUCGAUCUCAUGUACUCGAAGCGUGCCUUCGUCCACUGGUAUGUUGGUGAGGGUAUGGAGGAAGGUGAAUUCUCCGAGGCUCGUGAGGAUCUUGCUGCGUUGGAGCGUGAUUACGAGGAGGUUGCCACCGACUCUUUGGAGGCCGAGGGUGACGUGGAGGCUGAGUACUAA